GCACAGUGCGGGCCUGGGGUGCCACAGAGCUGCUCAGUCCUUGCUGGGAGCCUGAAACGAACAUGGAUUACGAAACCCUGGGCAAUAUUGUCCUGCUGGCCAUCGUCACCCUCAUCAGUGUAGUCCAGAACGGGUUCUUUGCCCACAAGUUGGAGCACGAGAGCAAGACCCAUAAUGGGUGGAGCUUCCAGAGGACGGGGACACUUGCCUUUGAACGGGUCUACACUGCCAACCAGAACUGUGUGGAUGCGUACCCCACCUUCCUCGUCACGCUCUGGAGCGCCGGUCUUCUCUGCAGCCAAGUUCCUGCGGCUUUUGCUGGACUGAUGUACCUGGUUGUGAGGCAACAGUACUUUGUUGGCUACCUGGGGGAGAGAACGCAGAGCACACGUGGCUACAUAUUUGGGAAACGCAUCAUCCUGUUCCUGUUCCUCAUGUCCCUGGCUGGGAUACUCAACUAUUUCCUCAUCCUCCUUUUCGGAAGUGACUUUGAAAACUACAUGAAGACGAUCGCCACCACCAUCUCCCCCCUCCUCCUCAUCCCCUAACUGAAUUCCGGGUGGGUGUGCUCAGCUAAUCAGUCCCUAGAAGCCGUCAUAACUCAACCCUUUAAACGAUGCUGUAAAUCUGCUGACCCUCUGGGCUUUGCAGCUUGAGCGAACCUCACUUUUCCUGGAAGAGAAUAUCUUCACGUCAGCUCCGCCCUGGAACGUGACGGUGGCACCAGAUUUGCUCUUCAGAUCCCGUCUGUGUGUUUCUUACUUAUCCUGCUUUCCGAAGAUGUGUUGUGACCCGAUUUAUGUUUUCCUAAAAUAAAAUGCAGACACAUAUGCGA